AUCCCACCUCUUUAUUUCUUUCAUUCAUCUCUGUCCUAUUCAAUGGCAGCAAAACCCCAUGUGGACAGCACUGAAUAAAUGCAUUCAAACUUCAAAUUUCUAAAAUCUUCUCACAUACUGUGUCAUUAAUUUUCAACUACCCUCAUCGUAUGUUUACUAUCUUUGUUUGAUUCCUCAAAUUUUAUUUAAAAAAAUCAAAUCUUGAUUGCAUAUAAAACUGAGCAAAACCAAACAAAACAGAGCAAAACAGAGUAUAUGUCUCUUUUCCAUCUUUAAGAGCUUAAAUCUUGACUUAUAUCUUAUAAAGAAGAUUCUGUUUUGUGUAAAUUUAUAUGUUUAUAAUUCUGUGUUAACAAGUUGCUUACUUUAUGUGAGCUUCACACUCUUUUACUUCUUCAAGAAACACAAAAAAGCAGAGCAUUUUAAUGGCAAUUUCUACUUUGUUCCUGGUUUUCUUGAUAUUUUCUUGUAGUUUCUUCUUCACAAAUGCAAUUCAGUCUUCACAAAAACAAGUGUUGCUUCAGUUAAGAAAGCAGUUGGAAUAUCCAAAGCAAUUAGACUUAUGGGUCAACACAAAUGAUGAUUUUUGCUACUUAUCAUCACCACAAGUCAACAUCACUUGUGAAAACAAUUUUGUUACUGAGCUGAAAAUCAUGGGCUUUUCAGCUGAUCAACAACCAAAAAAGGUACUUUCAAGUUUUAAUGGGCUUCCAAAUCCUUCACACACACUUUCUCAAAACUUCUCAAUGGAUUCUUUGAUUGCCACUUUAUCAAGAUUAACAAGCUUGAAAGUUCUUAAGUUGGUUUCCUUAGGAAUAUGGGGUCCAUUACCUAACAAGAUUCAAAGAUUAUAUACAAUUGAGUAUAUUGAUUUGAGUUAUAACUAUUUGUAUGGCUCAUUUCCUCCAACUUUUACAAGGUUAAUUAGUCUUAAAAGUGUAAAUCUUGAUGGGAAUUUCUUGAAUAGUAGUUUUCCUACUGGUGUUGAAUUAUUGUCAAGUUUGACCAGUUUAAGUCUCAAUGAAAAUGGUUUCUUUGGUCAAUUGCCAGAUUUACCCAGUUUGCCAAAAAGUUUGAUCACUUUGUAUCUCAGUAAAAAUUCAUUUACUGGUCAAAUUCCAGUAAAAUAUGGUCAACUGAAUAACCUUCAAGAGCUUGAUCUUUCAAUGAACUUUUUAACUGGUGUCAUUCCAUCUUCACUGUUCUCACUGCCAUAUAUCACUUAUUUGAAUCUGACAUCAAAUAAGUUGACUGGUCAACUCACAAGUCAAAUACAAUGUGGAAGCAAGCUAGCAGCUGUCGAUAUUUCAUUAAAUCGGUUUACAGGUGGUUUACCUUCUUGUUUAAGCAAUGCAAUGAAUAAUAGAACCGUUAAGUAUGAUGGGAAUUGCUUGAUGAUUGAUGCUAAGAAUCAGCAUCCAUCCAGCUACUGUGUAGAAGAAGCUAGAGGAGUUGAAGUUGAUCCUAUAAAUUUCAAAGAUUCAGGGAAAAGAAAAAGUCCAGUGAUACUUGUGGUGGUGAUUGCAGGGAGUGUUCUAGUUCUGGUGCUUUUGGUAUUCGGAUUUGUGGUUCUUUUUAAAAAGGUUUGUGUUCGAGGCGUAUCUGACCCGAAACUGCUGCCCAAAACAGUGCAGGAUUACUCUGUUACGGGCUACCCAUCCGAGCUUUUAACAAGUGCAAGGUUUGUUUCAGAGGCUGCAAAGUUGGGUACAGAAGGUAUACCAGUGCACAAAGUGUUUUCUUUUGAAGAGCUGAAGGAAGCUACUAAAAACUUUCAUAGAUCUACCUUAAUAGGGGGAGGUUCAGCUGGCAAGAUCUACAAAGGGAAGCUAGAAAAUGGAACGGACAUUGCAAUAAGGCAUCUAAGGGUGUCCAAAAAGUAUACAAUCAGAAACCUUAAAUUAAGGCUGGAUUUACUUGCACGGCUUCGGCAUCCUCACUUGGUUUGCCUAUUGGGGCACUGCAUUGGUGGUGAAGGGUCAGAUAAUGGUGACUUAAACAUGGUGUACCUUGUAUAUGAAUACGUGCCUAAUGGGAAUUAUCGUUUACUUCUGGCUGGGAAUGAUCUCCAAAGUGUUCUUAAAUGGGAAGAUAGAUUGAGAGUUUUAACUGGUGUAGCGAAGGCUGUGCAUUUUCUUCACACUGGACUCAUUCCUGGUUUCUUAAACAAUCGAUUGAAAGCAAAUAACAUAUUGCUGAAUGAAAAUGGUAUGGCAAAGCUGAGUGACUACGGGCUUUCUAUCAUAGCAGAAGAUAUCAAACAAGAAGAGGCAAACGCAGAAGGUGUUGAAUCAUGGCAAAUGAAGAAUUUAGAGGACGAUGUCUACAGCUUUGGGUUCAUUCUACUCGAGUCCCUUGUUGGGCCUUCUGGUGCAUCUAGAAAAGAUGAAUUUCUGAUGAAUGAAAUGGCUUCGUUUGGAAGUGAAGAGGAACGUAAGAAAGUAGUGGACCCCAUUGUACUUGCUUCUUGUUCACAAGAAUCGCUUUCGGUUAUAAUAUCAAUAACCAAAAAGUGUUUUUGUGGUGAUUCAUGGGCUCGACCAUCUUUUGAAGAUGUGCUUUGGCACCUGCAGUAUGCUGCUCAAGUUCAGGCUAACGCACAACGGCCUUCUGAAGCUGUUUUGUUCAAUGGGUGUUGAUGUUGCAGUAAAUGUAUAGAUAAUCAUCUCCUUCAAUGUUGCCACAAUGAAGAAAUAAGCAGAUAAUAAGUCAUUUGUCAACAACUGAACAAAGAUCACCCGUGCUCAGUCUGGACGGAUGGUCAUUCCCCAUUCCCACACAACAGUUAUGAAGACCAGCUCGGCCGAUCUUUGCCUGAUUAAAGACCAGUUCAGUAUUAGAACUUUCUUUUAAUGUUGUAUUUGAAUAAUGUACAAUAUGAAUCUAUAGAGUAUAUAAUAAAAUUGUAUAUAUUAUCCAAGUAAUCUUUUAUUAGAAAUAAUAUCAAAUUGCAACUCAA